ACCCAUGAGAAUCGCAGAUCAUCAUCAAGUAGCUGGUUUUCAGCAAGUAUUCAUAAGCUCCUUUAUCCACUUCCACAACCUCCAUGGCAUUCUUGAAAGAUGCUUUACGCCGGGUCGAGGUCCAGUCAUCCAAAGACGGAGCUCCAGGCAGUGGAUCGUUGAAUGAUGACACCCGACCGCUUCCUCCACAUCGCAGGACAUACGGACCAUGGCAAUUCGUUACCCUCUGGGUAAUAACAGGAUCGUUCAACAUUGGCGGUUGGACCACAGGAAGCUCAAUUCUCGCCUUAGGACUUUCCGUAUGGCAGUGCAUGCUCACUGUGAUCAUUGGGAAUGUCAUUGUCGGCGUGCUUUGCGUCCUCAGUGGAGCCCCUGGUGCGAAGUGGCAUAUCGGAUUUCCGAUCAUACAACGAGCCUCCUGGGGUGUUCGGGGAUCCGUUUUCGUGGUCCUACAACGAUUCUUCCUGGCCUGUAUCUGGUUCUCUACGCAGGUAUACUGGGGCGGCCAGUGUCUUAGGACUUUCCUUACGGCCCUGGCCCCGUCUUUCCGGAAUCUGGAUAAGUCUUUGGCUGGUGGGACUCUCACCACUGGAGAUUUCACUGCGUUCAUAAUUUUUACGAUCCUCUAUCUACCACUCAUAUGGAUUGCGCCAGAAAAGUACAAGGUUCCGUUCCUUAUCAGCUGCGCUUGCAUCAUUCCGACCAUUUUUGCCUUGUUGGUGUGGUUCACAGCUUCGGCGAAAGGUGGUGGCGAUCUCUUGCAUGAUGUUAGCUCUCUGGCUGGCGUCCGUCAAGCCGAGGGGUCACAUCUCGCCUGGAUGCUCAUUUUAGGGAUUUGCACCAAUAUUUCGAGCAUUAGUGUUCACAUCUUCGUUCAGUCCGAUUACACUCGAUUUGCCCGGCGCCCGAAAGAUCAGAUCCUUGCGCAGUUGGUAAUGGUUCCGCUGGGAACCAUCGUCACUGCGCUGAUUGGCAUUAUAUGCACAUCUUGCGCGGCAAAACUGUUCCCUGAGCAGGCAGGGACCUUGCUGUGGGAGCCAUAUCGACUUCUAGAUGCCCUUCAGCUUCACUACCACGACUCAUCUGGUGCACGAGCAGCGGUCGCCUUUUCGAGUUUUGCAUUCAUGGUCGCACAGUUUGGGAUGGUGGUGGCGAACAACGGUCUUUCAGGGGGAAUGGACAUCGCCUCCCUGCUUCCUCGAUAUUUCACCAUUCGUCGUGGAAUGCUCUUCCUAGCCGCUGUUUCGUUCAUUACGCAACCGUGGCAACUGCUCAAUAAUGGCGCGAACAAGUUCCUAGUCGUGCUCGGCGGUUAUGGAGUUUUCAUUGGGCCCAUGACUGGAGUUAUGUUCUCCGAUUACUUCCUUGUCCGAAGAAGAGUCUUGAAAUUGUCUGAUCUCUAUACCAUCGAGCCAUCCAGCAUCUACUACUAUCGAAACGGCUUGAACUGGCGUGCCUUCGUGGCAUGGACAUCUGGAGUUUGGAUAACGCUGCCUGGCUUUGUCAGACAGGUUCAGGGAGGUGAAGCUUUGCCUGGGUGGUCCAAUAUGUAUUACAUGUCUUGGCCUCUGGGAACUCUUAUUUCGUUGCUUACCUACUACAUUCUGUACAAGGUGGCGCCUAUAAAAGGAGUUGGAAUUUCGGAUGAUGUGGACUAUUUUGGAGUCGAGGGAGGCGCAGGAGCGCUGGUCAUCAAUGGAAAGGAAGAUGGUUCAUGGAAGCCAAGUGGGGAGAAACACGAAUGCAGUCCAAGUUUGACAGAUAAAGUCUGAUCAGUCAUGUACAUGCUAUUGUAUUUAGCGCGAAAAGCCCCUGGCCGUUAGAUCAUG